UGCUUCGUUUUCAUCUCUUACAUUUGUUUCUUGCUCCUCAGGCGCUGUUCAUAUUCUUCAAUUCCAAAUUCCAAAAUCCCAAUUUCCAAAUUCCAAUUUGAUUUGAGGCGUUUACUGCAGUUUCCUCAGAUCUACUCUCAAUUCCAAAUCUUCCGUCGACACAGAAUCGGAAUCGGGAGGAAAUGUCGAGCGACAGCGACGACGAGGACGAGCUGCUGCAGAUGGCUCUCAAGGAACAAGAACAGCGAGAUGUCAAUUAUCUCACUAAGUCUCGCAAGCCCGUUGCUAAUUACGUCCAACAUCCGUCUCAGACUCGGAAAUCUGCUUCUGCCGCCGCCGCUUCUUCCAAAACCAGUGGCAGUAAUGCGCAGCCUAAGGGUGGUCGGAGGGUUGUGGACGACGACGAUGAUUCGGAGGUGGAGAUGCUGAGCAUUUCCAGUGGCGACGAGGAUUCCACCAAAGAUCAUCGACCCUCUGCCUCUGGAGGUCGCGCCGGUAGGGCUAGGUCCGCUGGGAGGGACGAUGAUCCGGUCUGGGACGGCGAGGAGCCUCACUGCUGGAAGCACGUUGAUGAAGACGAGCUUGCUAGAAGAGUACGUGAAAUGCGAGAGACAAGAACGGCACCCGCUCCUCAGAAGUUUGAUCGUAAGGUAUCUGCAGUCGUUAGACCAGGACUCAACCAUUUGCAGUCAUUCCCUCGUGGCAUGGAAUGUAUUGAUCCACUUGGGUUGGGGAUAAUAGACAAUAGAUCAUUGAGAUUGAUCACAGAGACAUCUGAGAGCUCUCCUUCUAAGUCUGAGAAAGAUUUCAUUGACGGUAACCUGCGUGAGAAGUUGCUGUAUUUAUCUGAAAAAUUUGAUGCAAAGAUUUUUCUUUCUCGGAUACACCAUGACACAAGUGCAGCAGACUUGGAGAAAGGUGCUAUUGCUUUGAAAACUGACCUUAAAGGACGGACGCAGCAAAGAAAACAGUUAGUCAAAGACAAUUUUGACUGUUUUGUAUCAUGCAAAACCACAAUUGAUGAUAUUGAGUCCAAGUUGAGACGAAUUGAAGACGACCCUGAAGGUUCUGGAACUUCACAUUUGUUUAACUGUAUUCAAGGAGUAAGCAAGCAGGCAAAUCGGGCUUUUCAGUCUCUCUUUGAGAGACAGGCACAAGCUGAAAAGAUCAGAUCAGUCCAAGGAAUGCUACAAAGGUUCAGAACACUUUUUAACUUGCCAAGUACUAUUCGCAGCAGCAUCAGUAAGGGUGAAUAUGAUCUGGCAGUUCGAGAAUACAAAAAAGCAAAGUCAAUUGCUUUGCCAUCUCAUGUGGGAAUUUUAAAAAAAGUUCUUGAAGAGGUUGAAAAAGUGAUGCAUGAGUUCAAAGGCACACUCUAUAAGUCAAUGGAGGACCCACAAAUAGAUUUGACAAACCUUGAAAACACAUUGAGACUAUUAAUGGAGCUGGAGCCUGAAUCAGAUCCUGUAUGGCAUUAUUUGAACAUACAGAAUCACAAGAUUCGAGGAUUCCUUGAGAAGUGCACCUUAGAUCAUGAAUCAAGAAUGGAAUCAUUGCAUAAUAAGAUGCGUGAAAGAGCUCUUGCUGAUGCAAGAUGGAGGCAGAUUCAGCAAGAUGUGAAUCAAUCUUCAGAUGUUGAUUAUUCAGCAGAUAUGGAACCAGUGGAAGUAAAUAGUGAAGAAGUUGAUGCUCUUAGAGCUAGAUAUAUUCGGAGAUUGACUGCUGUACUUAUACAUCACAUACCAGUGUUUUGGAAAACUGCUCUUUCUGUUUUCAGUGGGAAAUUUGCGAAGUCUUCUCAAGUUUCCACUGAAUCAAAUGCUAACACCUCAGCAAGCAAAAAUGAGGACAAGGUUGGUGAGGGGAAAUACUCAAAUCAUUCUCUAGAGGAAGUUGUUGGGAUGAUACGCAAUACCCUGUCUGCAUAUGAAGUUAAGGUUCUAAGCACCUUUCGUGAUCUUGAAGAAUCAAAUAUCCUUCUGUCAUAUAUGAGUGAUUCCAUAAAAGAAAUAUGUAGCGCAUGUCAAGCUUUUGAAGUGAAGGAAUCAGCUCCUAUAAGUGCUGUGAUUUCAAUGCGAACACUUCAAUCAGAGGUGACAAAGGUUUACAUUUUAAGGCUUUGUGCAUGGAUGCGAGCUACCAUUGCAAAUAUUUCAAAAGAAGAAACAUGGGUCCGAGCAUCAAUUAUUGAGAGGAAUAAAUCUCCAUACACAAUCUCUUUCAUGCCUCUAGCAUUUCGGUCUGUCAUGUCUUCAGCAAUGGAUCAAAUAAAUUGUAUGGUUCAGUCUUUAACAAGUGAGGCUUCAAAGUCGGAGGAUAUAUUUUUGCUACUUCAAGAAAUUGAGGAAUCUGUUAGACUUGCAUUUUUGAACAGUUUCCUUGAUUUUGCAGGUCAUUUGGAGAAUAUUGGAAGUGAGCUUGCCCAGAACAAACAAAACAAAGAAAGUCCACAGUUGCAGAAUGGAUUUUCUCAUGUCUUGCAAGAAAAACUGCUUUCAGAUGUGCCUGGGAGUAUUGUGAAUCCACACCAACAAUUGUUAAUAGUCUUGAGUAAUAUUGGAUAUUGCAAAGAUGAACUUUCAUGUGAAUUAUACAGCAAGUACAAGCAUAUUUGGUUGCAUUCUAGGAUAAAAACUGAAGACGAUAGUAGUGAUCUACAAGAUCUUGUUAUGUCCUUUUCUGCGCUUGAAGAAAAGGUUCUUGAACAGUACACAUAUGCAAAGGCAAAUUUGAUGAGAACAGCUGCUAUGAAUUAUUUAUUGGAUUCCGGAGUCCACUGGGGAGCUGCUCCUGCAGUUAAGGGUGUGCGUGAUGCAGGUGUAGAGUUACUCCACACUCUUGUGUCUGUUCAUGCUGAGGUUUUUGCUGGUGUUAAGCCCCUUUUGGACAAGACACUAGGCAUUCUUGUUGAAGGUCUAAUUGAUACUUUUCUCAGCCUAUUUGAUGAGAACGGAACACAAGAGCUUAGGUCCCUUGACACAAAUGGCUUCUGUCAACUCAUGCUUGAGCUUGAGUACUUUGAGACCAUAUUAAAUCCUUAUUUCACACCUGCCGCAAGAGAGUCUUUGAAGUCUUUGCAAGGAGUGCUUUUGGAGAAGGCUACUGAAAGUAUGACAGAUGCAGCUGAUAAUCCAGGUCAUAGUCGUCGGGCAACUCGCGGGAGCGAGGAUGCUGUAGAUGAACGACAGCAAGGGGCAACUGCCCCAGAUGAACUUAUUGCAAUGGCGCAGCAAUAUAGCACAGAGUUACUUCAACAGGAGCUUGAGAGAACACGAAUAAAUACUGCUUGCUUUGUGGAGGCGAUUCCAUUAGAUUCAGUACCUGAACCCGCCAAGGCAGCAUAUGCUUCAUUUAGAGGAUCAGUAGAUACCACUUCUAAAGGCGUAACUGCCACGGGAUCUCCAUCUUUCUCCUCCCGAACCAAGCGUCGAUAGUAGGCUUGUUCUUCUCUGUUUGAUAAAUUUCCCAUGUCAAUGCACGAGUACUUUUUGGUUUCGUUCAUCCUUGUAAUUAAAACGUCAUUGGUAAUCCUAGUUUUAUUCUUUCAGUGGUCGGUUUUUACUGUAUUUGAUUAAUGUCUCUAUAUUAUUUAUUAUAUUUUGCUCCGAGUAUAUGUACAUUUCCAACGAAACUUUGUGUUAGUAUUAUGCUCGAUUGAUUGGGUUUAUACACAGCCAGUUUUUCAUCUUA